UGUUCAGCAAAGAUAGCCACUAUAACUUUUUCAAGGUCAAAUUCACUAUAUAAAACACUUUGAAUCAGAAAUUUGUUUCCGUGUUCUACAGCUUAUCAGUAAGUUCACUGUAUUAAACUUCAAAACGUCUCUUUAUUUGACUUUAUAAUUGUUUCACGAUGUUGCUGAGUUUCGUGAAAGUCUGGAUCUCCAAAAAACAUAGAGUGGAAAAAUACUAGAAGGGAUACGUUUGUCGAAUCCUUUCAUUCACUUUCUUCCGGAUUUUAAAUGCUUAGAAGCGUUUGUUGGCAACUGAUGCUCAAAAACACAGUGAGAAUGUAUUCAUUUGAAACAUUCGAAGUAAAUUUAUAAAUACAGCUAAACUAAACGAGGUUUGUGAAGAAAAUAUUUAUGUACUUAAACAAACGGCUAGAGGUGAUAAAUUAUUCAUUCAUAACGAACUCUCAUGGACAGUACAUAAUUCCUUCAUUCGAAAUCAACAGUGCUGCAACAUUUUAUAAACAAAAAUUAAAUAAAUUAUUCCAUUCACUCAACUUUUAGCACUGCUUGGAAGUACUCGAAUUAAAAUGCCUAAACAAGUGGACGCCAGCAUGCGUAAUGUUACGAAAGUGGCAGACCAUAUCCUUAAAUCAGUACGUUUCAAACCACAAAUCGGGAUCAUUUGUGGAAGUGGUCUGGGAAAGUUGGCUGAUGGGGUAAAAGAUAAAAUCACAAUCCCAUACACAAAGAUUCCCAACUUCCCUCAAACGUCUGUUGUUGGACACUCUGGAAACCUGAUAUUUGGAACUCUGAGCGGCCGAAAAGUAGUUGUGAUGCAAGGACGGUUUCACAUGUACGAGGGAUAUAGCAAUGACACGGUCGCUCUCCCCAUACGCGUGAUGAAGUUAUUGGGAGUCAAAAUUCUUAUGGUUAGUAAUGCUGCUGGUGGUCUCAACAGAAGUCUCAAACUCGGUGACUUCGUGAUCUUGAAAGACCACAUUUACCUUCCUGGACUAGGAUUAAAUAAUAUUUUGGUCGGACCGAAUCAGGAGGAAUUUGGUACUCGAUUCCCAGCACUUACGAAUGCCUAUGACAGAGACCUACGAAAACUAGCUGUGCAAGUAGCUGAAGAAAACGGCUUCGGGAAUUUGGUUCACCAGGGUGUUUACGUUAUGAGUGGUGGUCCUUGUUACGAAACACCUGCUGAAUGCACGAUGCUGCUUAACAUGGGUUGUGAUGUAGUCGGUAUGAGUACGAUUCCGGAAGUUGUAAUUGCCCGGCACUGUGGACUUCAAGUGUUCGCUGUUUCAUUAGUUACAAAUAUAAGUGUGCUGGAUGUCGAAAGCGAUUUGAAGCCGAACCAUGAAGAAGUCUUGGCCACAGGUGCUCAACGUGCUGAAUUGAUGCAAUCAUGGUUUGAGAAGAUAAUUGAAAAACUGCCCAAAGAUUGA